AUGCCGCACCUGGGCCCUGCCAAGCAGGUGACAUGCGGCUCCACCAUCAAGCUGGCACACGACAGCAGCAAGUACCGGCUGCACUCCCAGGGGAUCCCCUACAGCCGCGGCAGCCGGCAGCAGUCGGUGACGGCCUUCCCUCUGGAGCACGCGGACAGCAGCAGCUACUGGGUGGUGCAUGGAACCAAGGACAAGCCCUGCCGACCAGGAUUCCCUGUGAACAAGAGGCAGCAGCUGCGACUGCAGCACGUGGCGUCGCGCAAAUGGCUCCACAGCCACACCUACCAGAGUCCGCUGUCGGGAAACCAGGAGGUCAGCGCGUUUGGCGCCGACGACCGGUCCGACGGCGGCGACGUGUGGACCGUGGAAUGGGACAGCAAGGCCUCCCACUGGAAGCAAGACGUCAAGGUGAGGCUGCGUCACGAGGACACACAGACCUACCUGCACUCCUACAAGCAGGCCUCGUUCGGCCACCCCAUCGCCGGGCAGAACGAGGUCUGCGCGGUCAAGAAGCAGGGGCGCGAGUCGGAGUGGUUUGCGGCUGAGGGCAUCUACCUGCCGCGCAACGACGUGGCACGCGCAAAGGCGGCAAGCACAGCGGGCGGCAGCAAGGGGGACGGCGGGGGCGCAGGGGCCGCAGCGAGCGACAAGAAGCCCAAGGAGAGCGGCAAGAAAUCCAAAAAAUCCAAGAAGCAGGGGGGCCGCGGCAGGGCGGACGAGCUGUAA